CAUUUCCUCGAUUCUUUCGCACCUAAAUCUUCUUUUUCUACCCCUUUUCUCCCCCCAUCAAUGCCCAUAGAUUCAUAAAUCUUCUCAGGUUUUUUUUUUUUCAGUAAACUUCUCUUUUCUAAUCCAUCUCCUUCUCUGAUUCCGUUUAAUCGGAUCCGCACUUUUUUUUUCUUUUCUUUUUAAUGCAUUGACGAGUGAGAUCUAUUUUGUCCACAAUGAUAAAGCUCUCUUAAAUUUGAAUUGCUUUUAGAGCUUUGAGUCGUGGGUUUUUGCCCGUUGUUGGGAUUUUGAGGCCUAAAAUUGUGGAUUUUAGUUUUCACGGGUUCCUGAAUUUGAUUAAAAUCCCUCUAUUUUUGUGUAUUUGUUAUUUGUUGAAUUCUCGAUGGACUGCGAGUUCGAUGAUUGCUAUGAGAUUUACCUAAAUUUGCUUUCAAUUGUUUCAAGAUUUUGAUCGCUUCCAUCUGGGCCUUAUUCCGAAAUUGACAUAACCCGAUUCAAUCUACCAUUUUUGUCUAGAUUUUGGUUUUUGGAUCGGUGGGUUUUCUCAAAAUGGUCACUGUGAAUCUGGGAAUGCUCCAUCACAUACUGGACCAUGUAUAUGGGGCAUUCAUGCACAGAACAAAGAUAAGUCCUCCAUUCUUCUCCAGAGGAUGGGGUGGGGCAAAGCUUGAUCUUCUGGAGAGAAUGAUCAAACAACUAUUUCCUGAAGCUGAGGAGAACUGGCCCCCUAGUUUGAUCCAACCCAUUUGGAAAACGGUUUGGGAAACAAAGACGGCUUGUUUGAGAGAAGGAGUUUUCAAAACCCCUUGUGACGAGCGGCUUCUGAGUGCAUUGCCUCCUGAGAGUCAUACUGCAAGGGUUGCUUUCCUUACUCCCAAAUUCGUGCCACCCCAGAAGAUGGCUUGUGUGGUUCAUCUUGCAGGCACUGGGGACCAUACAUUUGAGCGAAGAUUGCGUCUUGGUGGUCCAUUGUUGAAGGAAAACAUAGCAACCAUGGUGCUUGAAAGCCCUUUUUAUGGUCAGAGACGACCUGUGCUGCAGCGUGGUGCUAAGCUCUUGUGUGUGAGUGACUUGCUAUUGCUAGGAAGGGCCACCAUUGAAGAAGCCCGUAGUCUUCUACAUUGGUUAGACUCUGAAGCAGGGUUUGGCAAGAUGGGUGUCUGUGGACUUAGCAUGGGCGGAGUACAUGCUGCAAUGGUUGGAUCUCUGCACCCCACCCCUGUUGCUACCCUUCCUUUUCUCUCUCCACACUCUGCUGUUGUGGCAUUCUGUGAAGGGAUAUUAAAACACGCAACUGCAUGGGAGGCACUGAGAGAGGACCUUGCAGUGCAGAAGGCUGCAAUGACUCUCGAGGAUGUUAGAGAGCGGAUGCGAAAUGUACUGUCUCUCACAGAUGUCACACGCUUCCCAAUCCCCAAAAAUCCCAAUGCCGUUAUCUUUGUUGCUGCUACUGAUGAUGGAUAUAUCCCAAAACACUCAGUGCUGGAACUUCAGAAAGCUUGGCCUGGCUCAGAAGUGAGGUGGGUCACCGGAGGGCACGUCUCAUCUUUUAUUCUUCACAAUGGUGAAUUCCGCAGGGCGAUAGUUGAUGGGCUUGACAGAUUACAAUGGAAGGAGUCUCCAUCGUGACACUGGUAUGGCAGUUGCCUGCUCACUGAACCUGUAAAAUGAAUUCAGCUGAUAUCUUGAGAGUUGAAACACCCCCACAUUCUACAAAAUGGGUGUCUGUGACUAUCUUUUUAAUGGAACCAGCAAUAAAUUGUCAACUGUGAUGGAAAUUUGUGUGUU